AUGUCCUGCACUACCGAGUACUGCCCCCAGUUCUUCUUCGGCUACAUCGGCGUCGCCUCCGCACUCAUCUUCGCCAACCUCGGAGCCGCCUACGGCAGCGCCAAGGCCGGAGUCGGCAUCUGCUCCAUGGGAGUCCUCAAGCCUGAGCUCAUCAUGAAGUCAGUCGUCCCAGUCGUCAUGGCUGGUAUCCUCGGUAUUUACGGCAUGAUCGUCGCCGUCAUCAUCGUCCAGAGAAGUAAGCUUCCCCCCAUGGUCACCACCAAUUACUCCGACAAGUCGGCAUACGCCCACCUCGCCUCCGGACUGUGCUGCGGCUUCAGCUCUUGGUAAGAAGCAACUGAUUUAGCUGCGGGACUGGCCAUCGGUAUUGUGGGAGACGCGGGUGUGCGUGCCAACGCCCAGCAGGACAAGAUUUUCGUGGGAAUGAUUCUGAUCCUCAUCUUCGGAGAAGCCUUGGCCCUCUACGGACUCAUCGUGUCGCUCAUCCUCACCUCCCAAUGA